CCUAAGCUGUGCAGGCAGCAAUCCGGUUUGGGACUGGUAUUAUGAAUGGUCAUGUGGAAGGAAGGAAAGGCGCGUCCGGGUGGUUGGACAUGGCACACAGUCGCAGUCUGAUUUGUGGCAGCUCUAGUCAUGGGGGCUUACUCUAGUAGCGGUGCACAUCUAGUAACGCUACGAGCUCUAGGUAGCUUGGAGCACCGUCCCCAUGUGCCCUUGCUGACAUCAGCCCGCGCUGGCCACCAAGAAUUUGCAGUCUUUCACCAAGUUCGACUUCGCUAUAGACUGGAGAUAUUUGUCAUUUUACCACAAGCAUUCGCCAAAGGCCCCACCAGCAACACUGCAAGCGAAUUCCUUGUCAAAACACAAUACGCACAUAUCAUUUUCGCCCCGCUUAAUGUGACGUCUUAAAGAGCAUUGCAAAUAACCAUUAACGUUAGGAAGCCGGCCAGGGCAGCGGAAGAGGAGGAGCGGGGUCGCCCAAGGGCGAGGACGGCUGCGAAGGCCACGCACUCUCCGGUGUAAGGCCAGGCAGCUGUGCCAUGGCAGAAGCAGCUCCCAUGGCGGGCCAAGCGCUGGAUCCGGCAGCGGCGGGCUUCAAUAACGCAGCGCAAGUGCAGGGAUACAACCAGAGUGCGGAGUUCUUCCUCAGCAAUUACCGGCUAGGGAAAACACUCGGCAUUGGUUCCUUUGGCAAGGUCAAGGUCGCGGAGCAUGUGCUCACGGGGCACAAGGUGGCGAUUAAGAUCCUCAACCGGCGUAAAAUCCAGCAGAUGGAGAUGGAGGAGAAAGUCCGUCGUGAGAUCAAGAUCCUGCGGCUGUUCAUGCACCCGCACAUCAUCCGGCUGUAUGAGGUGAUCGAGACGCCGUCUGAUAUCUACGUGGUCAUGGAGUACGUCAAGACCGGCGAGCUGUUUGACUACAUUGUGGAGAAGGGGCGGCUGGGGGAGGACGAGGCACGCCACUUCUUCCAGCAGAUCAUAUCCGGAGUGGAGUACUGCCACCGCAACAUGGUGGUCCACCGCGACCUCAAGCCCGAGAACCUGCUGCUGGACGCCAAGAUGAACGUCAAGAUCGCGGACUUUGGCCUGUCCAACAUCAUGCGCGACGGCCACUUCCUCAAAACCAGCUGCGGCUCGCCCAACUACGCCGCGCCCGAGGUGAUUAGCGGCAAGCUGUAUGCGGGCCCGGAGGUGGACGUGUGGAGCUGCGGCGUCAUUCUGUACGCGCUGUUGUGUGGAUCACUGCCCUUUGACGACGAGAACAUCCCCAACCUGUUCAAGAAGAUCAAGGGCGGCAUCUACAACCUGCCCUCACACCUCAGCCCGGGCGCGCGCGACCUGAUCCCGCGCAUGCUGCUGGUGGACCCGCUCAAGCGCAUCACCAUCCCCGAGAUCCGGCAGCACCCCUGGUUCAACAUGCACCUGCCGCGAUACCUGGCCGUCAUGCAGGCCGAGCCGGUGGUGGGCGUGCCGCGCAUUGAUGAGGAGAUCCUGGAGGAGGUGGUGCGGCUGGGCUUUGACCGGGACGGGCUUCUGGACUCGCUGCGCAGCCGCGCCGCCAACAAGGCCACCGUCACCUACUACCUCAUGACUGACAACAGGAGGAAGAUGCCCAGCAGCGGCUACCUGUCUGCUGACAUGGCGGAGGGCAGUACGGGGGCGGCCAUGGCGGCGGCGGGCAUGAGCCUACUGCCCUCGCCAGGCGCGACCGCGUCAGCAAGCGUGGCGGCGGCGGUGGGCGGCGGCGGCGGCGGCGGCGGCACGCCUCAGCAGCGGCUGGUGGCGGAGCGGCGGUGGCGGCUGGGCGUGCACGCGCGAGGCCACCCCUCGGCUCUCAUGGCGGAGCUAUACAGGGUGCUGCAGCUCAACGGCGUCGCCUGGAAGAAGGUGGCGCCCUACGCGCUCAAGUGCCGGGCCGCCGUGCGCAAGCCGCCGCCGCAGGAGCUGCGGCGCCGCAGCAGCGCCGGCGGCAGCGGCAGCGGCGCGGCGGGCGGGCCGGCGCGCAUGAGCGACGACCUGGAUGACCACAUAGAGCUGGAUGGGGCGGGCAGUGGCCCGCCGGGCGGCGCAGUGACCCCUGGUGGCGGCGGCGUCGCAGGUGUUGGCCUGAUCACCAGCGGCAGCCGGAGAGGGCUGGGCGGCGGCGCCAGCGGGUCUGACGUGGCGGGGGCGGCGGGCGUGCCGCCCGGCACCGGCGACGCGGAGACGCACUACGUGACACGUUUCGAGUGCCAGAUGUACAAGGUCCGGGACGACGAGUACGUGAUAGACAUUCAGCGUGUGGACGGCGAGCUGUUUCUGUUCAUGGACGUGGUGGGGCGCGUGCUCACUGACCUGCGCAUGUGAGGGGGGGUGUUGGCAGCAGUGGAGGCAGCACUGGAGGCCGCGUGCUCACAGACCUGCGCAUGUGAGGGGGGGUGUUGGCAGCAGUGGAGGCAGCACUGGAGGCGGCGUGCUCACCGAUUUGCGCAUGUGAGGGGGCGGCGGCAGCAGUGGAGGCAGCACUGGAGGCCGCGUGCUCACAGACCUGCGCAUGUGAAGGGAGGGCGGCAGCAGUGGAGGCUGCACUGGAGGCCGCGUGCUCACCGACCUGCGCAUGUGAGGGGGCGGCGGCAGCAGUGGAGGCAGCACUGGAGGCCGCGUGCUCACAGACCUGCGCAUGUGAAGGGAGGGCGGCAGCAGUGGAGGCUGCACUGGAGGCCGCGUGCUCACCGACCUGCGCAUGUGAGGGGGCGGCGGCAGCAGUGGAGGCAGCACUGGAGGCCGCGUGCUCACAGACCUGCGCAUGUGACAAGCAGGCAGGAGGCGAUGGGGGCGAGCCUGGCUGCGCAUACGAGCAGUCAAGGAAGCAGGCAGUUGGUGCGAGGAGCGAGGAAGCGGCGGUGGAGGCUGCGACGGCGUGCAAUUGUUGUUGUGAAGGGGCAGCACGCACAUGGGCAGUCGCAGCAGCUGUCAGCCGCGCCCCAGGGCUCACCACAGCGCUAAGUGCGAGACAGCCCGUGGGAGAAGGAGCGUGAGCCAUCAGCGGAGGCGGCAAAGCAGGAGCAGGGGGGAGCAGGAGGCAGUCACUUCAGCCACUGUCCAUUAUCAGGAGGCUGUGGUUGGCUGUGGUCGGCGGUGUGUGUGUUCGGUGUGGUGUGGGUGUGUGUGUGUGUGUGUGUGUGUGUGUGUGUGUGUGUGUAUGUGUGUGUAUGUGUGCGUGCGUGUGUGUGUGUGUGUGUGUGUGUGUCUUUGUUUUGCAUGCAUGCACGCGCGAAUAGCGUUGAAUGGUUGGGCCAUGCUUUCAAAGGCUUGCCGAGGAGGUCGCGACACACCGGGGCCGGGGCACAGCCGUCCAGACGGAGGUGGAACAAUUUUGUAGGGUUGAAGCUGGUGCGGGUGGGGAAGAGGGGGCUGCUGUGAUUUGCGUGGAUGAGGUAGGCGGGUGGUUGGAGGAAGGCGGGGAGGGCAGCAGGCGCAGCAGGGUGGGGAAGGAUCGAAGGAGGUUGGUGAGGCGACCUGGUGCACCAUGAACGGAUGAGAUAUAGACUCGCCGGUUUUACGGCAGGCAUGUGAAUUGUGGGUGCUGAUAGUGCGUCUUUGCUGCAAGGUGUUCAGUUAGGUGAUCAAAGGUGCCGCGUUCAUUAUUAGCGGCUAGGCACCGCGACUUGCACGCGGAGCUGGACAACCUGAUUACUCGUGAUGCCUUGCCACUCGCCAGCUUGGCUGCCAGGGCUCUAACAAUCGCUGUUGCAUGCGGUGAUUGCGGUCCUUGCAUGCACCACGUGCUGUGUGUGAUGCGCUCAAGAAGGCGACGGUGUGCACGCCCUGCUGUGCACUGUGCGAUGUGGUGCGCAGUGCCGUGCUUUGUGAUGCGAAGAAGUGCGCAGCGGAUGGCGUGUAGGGUGAGUGGCUGACAAAAGUGGAUGCAUGCCGUUUGUAGAUGUUGCUCGCGGAGGUGGUUGCGAGGGUGGUGUGGGGGCGCAUUGGCUGCUGCGAGCAUCAAGCCUCAGUCGUGCGGUUGAGCCAGCAGUACAUGCUGCAUGACAGCAUGACUGCAUGAUAGCAUGACAGCAUGAGUUGGGCAGACGGACAUUCCUGGCACCACGCUCCCGUGGCGCAGCGGACCUGGCUAGCCUGCUGGGCGAGGGACGGUUGGUGUUCGUUGUAGCGCCGCUAAACCUUGUGUCCAGUAUGUUUGUGUGCGGGUCGGCUGAUUGCAGCCGUUGCCAAAGCACUUUGCAGGAAGAGACAGUCCGUUCGGGCCCUCAUCCCGAGCGGCCCAGCCGGAGAGAAGAGAACCCCUCUACUUGGCAGCCGGCCUCCCGAAACUUACGCAACAUGAGUGACUUCCCUCGGGCGAGAUAGAUUGGGCACUUCUGGGGGUGCAUUCUCGCCGCGUGGGGUUGCAUACGGUCCCCAAAUCUCGCC